AUGGAGAACUCUGUGAGGCAUUCAGUCGAUAUAAAAUCGGAAGACUUCGUCGUCUUGAUUUCCCUCCAAAAUUUACAGACAUUCAUCAUGAUAGGGUACACAGCCGUAAAUAAGGAACACCUGAACUUCGACUUCUCCUACCUUUGGGCACUCUGCAUUGGGACGGGUCUAUUCAUAUACUCCCUGAUCAGCUUUGUUCUAAUAAGAUCCAUUGUGUUGUCAAAGAUAGAUAUAGGAAAAUAUGUCCUGGAAUUGUUAUUCAGUCUCAGUGUAAUCGUCACAUGUUCAUUGUCCAUAAUAAUUGAUUCCUUCAAAAUAGCCAACAUGCAAUUGCUUUUUUUUUCCUUUGCUUUAACAGGUUAUGCCUACUACAAUUUAAUUAGCCUCUUCUUUUUUUGCACACUAAUAGGAAUGAUCAUACAAUAUAAUUUAAGUUUUACUGGACUCAUAACACAUUCCACUUCUUUCUUCUUCUUGGAUCUCCUAUGCUACCUAGUGCAAAUUAUCGGUGGAAACAUCUUAUACUUUCGUAUGUACGAACUGUGUACUGUUAUCGUCAUUUCGAAGAGAAACCCAUGCAAGUAUGUUGUCGCAUCGAAGGAAGUGAAGAGUGUGGAAAAACAAAUAUUCUCAUCCUUAUUCAAUUCUUACAUGUGUAUCAAGUCCAAGACGUACUCAGAUUUAGCAGGCACUAAUGAUAUUUUAAAUAAAGAGAGUCAAUCUGUUUUGGGUAGGGAUACUCUUCACCCGAAUUCGAAGGACCAGCUUCUUGAUGGUACUUUCUACCAGGACAAGGUCAAUCACACGAACAAGUUACUCCUUGGACGAACCAAAAGAGACAAACACAAUCCAAAAGGGGCAGAUCGACUAGUAUGUGGAAAAUACAAUCCCUACCAUAACAGUCAAAGCCUUGCCAACUCUCCCACCAAACAUAACUCCAUCUGCACAACCAACUUUAAAAUAUCUAACACACUUUCACUUAAUAAUAAUUACAACUCUAACCUAGCGGAAGAACCUUCAACCUCCAUUUGUAAAAAAUGUGCUUCGGAAAAAAAUAAUCAUAAGGAUAAUGCAUGCAAACAAAAGGCAGAAAAAAAAAAAAUAUCUAAAUCUUCUACCAUCUCAGACACUGAAAACAACUCAAACAAACAUUGGUUGGACCCCUCACAACUGGCUAAUCCCAACUACUCAACUACUACCCAUGGGGAGGAUGAUAACCGAUGGACGAACAACUCGUCCAGACGAUACCCCCAGGACGAUCAAGUGCUCAUCCCAAUUACGUCAACUAAUACCCAGAAUGAUUUUCCAAUGAGCAAUUCCAACUCUAGUUGGAUCAAAUCCGCUGCAGUGAUUGACAUGUCUGGGAAGGGGAAGAGGGGGGAGCCUUACGACAGAUUCGAGGGCCAUCCGAUAGAUACAUCAGCUCAUACACCAUCAGAGAAUAAUCUUUCAUCCAACUCGUACCGCAAUAGAUGUAUUUCCUCCCCAAAUGAAGAGCCUACGUACUACCAGACCCAUUUUAGCGGAUUAUACAUCAGGGAUGUGACGCCAGAACAAAGUACGCAUCGGGAAAUUAGUACACACAGCUUGGUUGUAGCGAACAACACCAAAAUGGAUAAUCAGAAAAAUGGACGCGUAAGCAACAAAGGGGGAGGUGGCACAAUGCGUAAAGAACAAGACCCCACCAAUCAUCCAACUGAGCAUGACUCAAACGGAAAUGAUCAUACCUACUAUUGCAAUUUGAUAACAUGCCCUUAUAAUAUAAUAAAAGGUACACACUAUGUCAGUAUAUGCAGCGGAGCUAGAAAGGGUGAUAUGCCCUCUCAAGCGGUCGAAUAUCAACGGGUUGAAAAUGGCGAAAUAGAGGUCAUCCCCAGAGGAAAAAACGCAAUUCAAGCCUACCCAGACGGUGUGCCCCGCCCACGAGGAAGAAGACCCUCUGCGCACAGUAACUGCACGGAUCACUUGGGCGAUGAAAGUCGCCAAAAUCAAAGUAAAUUCGAGUCCACGUUAAACGACGACGCUUCAGACAUUCUCGAAAGAACAUUGCCCGAAAAAGAUCAACCGAAUGGACAAAAAGAACCAACGCAGAACGAGGUAGACAUAUCUGAAGAAGGCCGAGAAGUCCAUCCGAAAGAUUACCUAACGCCCUGCACAAAGGAAAUAAAUUAUCAAAGAAAACAUCUCCUGAACAAGUCUAAGAGUUCACGACACGUGAGUCACUGGGGAGAAAAUACCCCUCACAGACACACCUCCCGAUGUAGCAAAAAUACGAAGCUUAUGACAUUCACAAACAGGGAGUUGCAAAGUGGAAGUAAUAGCAACUCGAAUUGUAAAUAUAGUAAGAAGAAUUCAACAAGACAACACGAAAUGUUAGAUAAAAUUGUGCAACUAGAUAUCAGCAAUCAAGACCAUAAAAAUAAAAAAAAAAAAAGAACAAAAGACGCAUCGUUAUUAUCAUUGUCGUCGUUAUACCCAUUAUCAUCCUCCGCGAUAACAAGAAAAAAAAAAUAUUUUACGAAAAAAAAAAAAAAAAAAUAUACUUCAUUUUUUUGGGAGAAUCCAAAGAUACAAUAUUUAUUUGUUCACAUUCCACAAUAUUUUAAAAACAUCUUCGAUAUGACGAAGAAAAUAUUUUCUGACUUAAAAAAAAAAAAAGUCGUCAUGCAAAACGCAAUUUGGAAAAAUAAAAUAUUCAUCCCUGAAAGGGAUUCACUAGGACUAUUCAAAAAUGCAAAAUUAGAAAAAUGCUACGUGUCCUGGAUGGACGAAUUUAACAGAAAUAUUAUAACCAAAACGUAUUAUAUAUCCAUAUACCUCAUCAUCUAUAUAAUUACUCUAGAUUUUGUUGCAGCAUACAAUUUGUAUUACACAACAACCAGAAGGAUGAUAAACGGGGCACUACGGACACAGUAUAAUUACGUGCGCUACUAUUUCUUCAAAUCUAUAAUAAACAUAAUUGUGUAUCUCGUAUACAUACUUUUUCUAACAUUUACAAUACGAAAGGAACCCACAUAUAAUAUUAAGCGGUAUUAUUUUGUCACCCUUCUUUUGUGCUUUGCCAAGCUCAUUAUAUCAUCAUCGGAUAUUUACGUGGUCAUAACCUCGCUGGAUUACUUCAUCAGCCCCUACUACGUGUACAUAUACAUCCAUAUGCUAAUAGUGCAAACGUCUAUUUUGUUAAUAAUUCGAUACCCUACACAUUAUCUACUUUUUUUUCUAUAUGUCAUUUGCUUCACUUGUUUAUACUGGUCUUUUUCCAUUCACAAAUGUUUUAUGGAAUUCAUUUUUAUCAUUGCUUGUAUUUCUUUCACCAUUAUUUAUUCUUAUGUUCUUUGUUCAAGGACAGUGGAGAUCAAUCGGCGCAUUCUGUUCUCCAAGUAUGAGUUGCCCUACCUCUUGUACCUCAAGGAGAUUGCCGGUUGCAUCAACAGACGCCGCCCCCAGGGGGGUGUCUAG